AUGCAUCCUGCCACCUUGAUCUACUGCUGUUUCCUGCUGCUUUUGGGGGCCUUACCUGGUGGGACAGCUGAAAAUGACCCCUUUGUGAAGGCCAUGGAAGGCAUCAACCAUGGGCUGAGCAAUGCUGAAAGAGAGUUGGGCAAAGCCCUGGACAGCAUAAACCAUGGGAUCACUCAAGCUGGCAGAGAAGUAGAAAAAGUUAUCAACGGCAUUGACAACAUUGGGAAAGAGGCUAGCAGGGAGGUGGACAAAGGCAUCCAAGGGAUCAAUCAUGGUCUGGACAAAUUGACCCAUGGAGUUAACCAUGCUGCUGGGCAGGCAGGGAGGGAGGCGGACAAGUUUAACCAAGGAGUCAACCAUGCUGCUGGGCAAGCUGAGAAGGAAAUGGACAAGCUUAACCAAGGGGUCAACCAUGCUGCUGGGCAAGCUGGGAAUGAGGUAGAAAAGUUCAAUCAAGGGCUCAACCAUGCUGCUGGGCAGGCUGGGAAGGAAGUGAACAAGUUUAACCAAGGGGUCAACCAUGCUGCUGGGCAAGCUGGGAAGGAACUGGAGAAGGUCAAGGAGGAUGUCUACCAUGGGGUCAACCAAGCCGGCAAGGAGGCCAACCAGCCGCUGAAUGGAGCUCAUCAUGGAGGAGGAGCAGGUCAGCACGGCAGCGGGGCCGGAGUCACACCCUUGAACUCUGGGGCCUCGGUCAACAUGCCCUUCAUCAACUUGCCAGCUCUAUGGAGAAGCAUCGCCAACAUAAACCCAUGA